AUGUCGUCCCUCAAUGCCUCGUCGCGUCGUGUCGCGCCGCAGCCGCCCUCCUUCCCAGCGGCUAAAAUCUUCGUCUUCCUUGUCGCAUUCCGUCUUGUCAAUGCCCUCACCCUCCGGACCUUCUUCCAGCCCGAUGAAUUCUUCCAGUCAUUGGAGCCUGCAUGGCAGAUUGCGUUUGGCAAGGGCCAGGGCGCCUGGGUGACCUGGGAAUGGCACCACCAGCUCCGAUCCUCCCUACACCCUCUCUUCUUCGCCGCCAUCUACAAAGCUGCCGACUUCCUCGCGACCACUCUCCGCCUCUCCGCCGCGACGCGCGCAGAACUUUUGAUCGCCGGGCCGAAGACGGCGCAGGCCGUGAUCUCCGCGAUCGGCGACUUCUAUACCUGGAAACUAGCUACUCGCAUCUACGGAGAAGAUUCUCGUGGCGCAUGGACAACGUUGAUCGUCACGAUUCUCAAUCCUUGGCAAUGGUUCUGCUCAACAAGGACCCUGUCAAACUGUGUGGAGACGACGGUGACUGUUGCCGCGUUGGACCUUUGGCCCUGGCAGUGGUCAACAGGUACCUCGAACGGCCAUGCCCGCCAGAGAAAUGCGGGCAGCGCGAGGAACGGUGCCGAGUCUCAAAGGGUCCUCCUGUCUAGGUAUGGCUGGGAUCACCAAACUCUAUCAGAACAGCCGCUGACGCACAUCGCGCACAGUCUUCGUAAAUGCUUGUCCCUCGCGGCCCUCGCAUGUAUUCUCCGCCCAACAAACAUCCUGAUCUGGGCGACGCUGGCCAUCGCCGCUUGGCUUCGGACCAGCUGGAGCCAGCGCAAGGUCCUCAUUCGGGAGGUCAUCAUCUGCGGACUAACAAUCCUAACCCUGUCCGCCGUCGCGGACCGCUCGUUCUACGGAAUCUGGACCUUUCCUCCAGUCCGAUUCUUAUACUUCAACAUUGCACAGUCGCUGGCGGUAUUCUACGGCCGGAAUGAUUGGCACUACUAUGCGUCGCAGGGUUAUCCGCUUCUGCUCACCACCCUGUUACCUUUCGCACUUGUCGGUCUCUACCGCACCUUGACAACCCGAACCUCCUCGGCCACCGAUAGUUUGCAGACGGCUAUCCGAGUGCAGUUGGCGAUAGUUUGUCUACUCAUGCCAUUCGUCCUGUCUCUGAUAUCGCAUAAAGAAGUCCGCUUCAUCUACCCUUUGCUGCCAUCCCUGCACAUUCUGGCAGCGCCACCCCUCGUGCAAUUUUUUUAUCCAGCAGUAUACUCGCGGUCGUCAAGCGCCUUCACUCCGCAGAGGCUCACUCUCAUCUUUCUCGUGCUUGCCAACCUGUUUAUUGCCCUAUAUACGACCCUUUACCACGCGUCUGGAGUCCUGGAUGUCCUCACCUACCUGCGCCACCAACAUGAAGCCCAUUCGUCAUCCUCCGUGCCUUCGCUGGACACACAAGGGGAGACCGGAAUAACAGCUGGAUUCCUGAUGCCGUGCCAUAGCACCCCAUGGCGAUCGCACCUCGUAUAUCCCACUAUCGGCGCAUGGGCACUGUCCUGCGAGCCGCCGAUCGAUCGCACCGAGGCCGAAAAGGCCGUCUAUCGCGACGAAGCGGACCAAUUCUACGAUGACCCGUCCCACUUCCUACGCGACAACAUGAAAGGAGGACUGCGCUAUCUACCCUCGCGACCAAGCUACGCCUCCGGCCUACAGCCUCCAUUUACCUCAGCCACGCACACAUGGACACAUGAGUGGCCCGACUACCUCAUCUUCUUCGAGCAGCUGGAGCCCACAAUGCACAACCUGCUCCGUGGCUCUUCCUACGCUGAGUGCUGGCGCACCUACAACACUGCCUGGCACGAUGACUGGCGGCGGCGUGGCGACGUCGUCGUGUGGUGCCUAGACUCAUCCGAGCAAGACGCAUGGCGCGCCGAGACCCGGCGACACGCGCAGGAGAGUCGGGACCGCCAAUUUGACCGGAUCGUCGAGGUAUUCCAGAAGGAAGCGCAGCGUCAGCAGAAGCGAGGAUGGAAGGCUCUUAUCCCCUCCUCAUAUUCUUUCCCAUCUUCCUUCUCAUUCCCCUGGUCCGCGCGAUCACGUCCUUCGACGUUUGCCUCGUGGCGCCGAUCGGUUCAGUCCUACUUCUCUCCGCGGUCCUCGUGGCACCAGUCGGUGCAGUCCCUCUUCACCCCACCGUCCAAGACCGUCUGGCCGUGGAGUAAGCGCUCUCGCGCUUCCUCGCCCUGGGCACGGUUCUGGGCUCCAGCGCCCACUAUCUGGGACCGGAUUCCGUUCUCGGUACCUUCGUUUUCAUGGCCCGAGUGGCUGGGUGGCCCGUCCAACAGGAAGCAGGAAUUCGAUGAACACGAGUUAUGGUCUUAA